CGGACAUGGCCGCGGAGCGCGGGGGCUGCUCCCUGGAGGCGGUGCCGGUGCCGCUGCCGCCCGAGGUGCGCGAGAGCCUGGCCGAGCUGGAGCUGGAGCUGUCGGAAGGAGACAUCACUCAAAAAGGAUAUGAAAAGAAAAGAGCGAAGCUACUUGCACGUUACAUACCACUAAUUCAAGGUGUAGAUCCAUCCCUGCAAGCAGAGAACAGAAUCCCAGGCUCUUCACAGGCUACAGCUGCUGUAUCUAAACAGCAAAAAUCACGUUCUACCAACUCCAGAGAUGAGCGCUUCCGAUCUGAUGUCCACACUGAAGCAGUACAAGCAGCUUUGGCUAAAUACAAAGAGAGGAAAAUGCCCAUGCCUUCAAAAAGACGCUCUGUUCUUGUACACUCUUCAGUAGAAACAUAUACUCCUCCAGACACAUCGUCUGCAUCAGAAGAUGAGGGCUCGUUACGUCGGCAAGGGCGGAUCCCCUCCACUCCGUUCCAGAGCCAUUCCAACGUAGAGCCCUGGCUUAACCGGGUUAUCCAGGGCUCCUCCACCUCAUCCUCUGCAUCCUCCACCUCAUCCCAUCCAGGAGGGAAACCUGCUGCUGCUUCCAAUACUGCUACUGCCACGGCUGCUGCCACUGUGCUUGCAGAUCUUAUGGCCCACGCUCAGCUAGAUAACCACUCCGCUCCGCCUGAUGUAACAACGGGUCUUGUAGAACACUUGCAUCAUGAGCGACCGCAAGUAGCAUCAGUACGAGGAAUUCCCAGGGGCUACAACAGCAGCAUACUAGAAACUGCAGAUGGUGUUCCAGUGAAUAGUAGAGUUUCCUCAAAAAUCCAACAACUUCUAAACACCUUGAAAAGACCAAAGCGCCCACCACUGAAAGAGUUCUUUGUUGAUGAUUUUGAAGAACUACUAGAAGUACAACAGCCUGACCCAAAUCAGCCAAAGCCAGAGGGAGGUGAGAUGACUGCACUUAAAGGCGAACCCUUAGGUGUGGUUACCAACUGGCCCCCGUCACUCCUGGCUGCUCUGCAGCGCUGGGGGACCACUCAGCCGAAAACCCCGUGUCUAACUGCAUUGGAUACAACCGGGAAAGCCGUCUAUACGCUUACCUAUGGCAAACUGUGGAGCCGGAGUUUGAAGUUAGCGUAUACACUUCUUAACAAACUAACCAGUAAGAAUGAACCACUACUCAAACCUGGACACAGGGUGGCUCUGGUGUUUCCUAACAGUGAUCCUGUGAUGUUUAUGGUGGCAUUUUAUGGGUGCCUCCUGGCAGACCUGGUUCCUGUGCCAAUAGAAGUACCACUCACAAGAAAGGAUGCUGGCAGCCAACAGAUUGGAUUUCUCUUGGGCAGUUGUGGAGUAACCUUAGCUUUGACAACAGAUGUUUGUCAAAAAGGCCUUCCGAAAGCUCAGACUGGAGAGGUAGUUACAUUCAAAGGUUGGCCUCGUCUUGUUUGGUUUGUGAUUGAUGGAAAACAUCUUGCAAAACCAGCCAAGGACUGGCAUCCACAAGUACGGGAUGCCAGUGCUGAUAUCGCUUAUAUUGAGUAUAAGACAAGUAAAGAGGGCAGCACAAUGGGCAUUACUAUAUCUCAUGCUUCCAUGCUGGCACACUGUCAUGCACUGACCCAGGCAUGUGGUUACUCAGAAGCUGAAACAUUAACAAAUGUGCUGGAUUUCAAAAGGGAUGCUGGUCUGUGGCAUGGCGUUUUAACAAGUGUAAUGAACAGAAUGCACGUUGUCAGUAUACCCUAUGCAUUAAUGAAGGUUAAUCCGCUUUCCUGGAUACAGAAAGUCUGCUCAUACAAAGCCUGUGUAGCUGUAGUAAAAUCACGUGAUAUGCACUGGUCGCUUUUGGCUCAGCGGGAUCAAAGAGAUGUCAACCUCAGCUCUUUACGAAUGCUGAUAGUGGCAGAUGGAGCUAAUCCAUGGUCAAUAUCUUCCUGUGAUGCAUUCCUCAACGUAUUUCAGUCCAGAGGUUUGAGACCAGAAGUUAUCUGUCCCUGUGCCAGUUCUUCAGAGGCAUUAACUGUUGCUAUUCGCAGACCUCCAGAUUUGGGUGGGCCACCCCCUGGGAAAGCAGUGCUGUCUAUGAAUUGUUUGAGUUACAAUGUGAUUAGAGUGGAUACAGAAGAAAAACUGUCAGUACUCACUGUACAGGAUGUUGGUCAGGUUAUGCCUGGAGCCAAUGUGUGUGUUGUGAAGGCGGAUGGAACUCCUUAUCUAUGUAAAACCGAUGAAGUUGGUGAAAUAUGUGUGAAUUCUGGUGCAACUGGGACAGCAUACUAUGGUCUCCUUGGAAUCACCAAGAAUGUGUUUGAGACCAUACCAGUGACAGCAGCAGGGGUGCCUGUUUCAGAUCAACCCUUCACAAGGACAGGAUUGCUUGGCUUUAUUGGACCCGACAGUUUGGUGUUCGUGGUGGGAAAACUGGAUGGCCUGAUGGUGGUGAACAUUCGCAAACACAACGCUGAUGAUGUAGUGGCCACAGCACUGGCAGUAGAACCAAUGAAGUUUGUCUACAGAGGAAGGAUAGCAGUGUUUUCUGUGACCGUUUUGCAUGAUGAUCGAAUAGUGCUUGUGGCAGAGCAGCGCCCUGAUGCAUCAGAGGAGGAUAGUUUUCAGUGGAUGAGCAGGGUUCUACAGGCAAUUGACAGCAUUCACCAAGUGGGUGUGUAUUGUCUUGCUUUGGUUCCUGCGAACACCUUACCAAAGGCGCCACUUGGAGGAAUUCAUAUUUCAGAAACGAAACAGCGCUUUCUAGAGGGUGCUCUGCACCCUUGCAAUGUUUUGAUGUGUCCUCAUACCUGUGUUACCAACUUGCCUAAACCUCGACAAAAACAGCCAGAUGUUGGUCCUGCUUCUAUGAUAGUGGGCAACCUUGUUGCUGGAAAAAGAAUUGCACAAGCUUCAGGGAGAGAUGUUACCCAGCUGGAGGAUAAUGACCAGGCAAGAAAGUUCCUGUACUUAGCGGAUGUUCUUCAGUGGCGAGCCCAGACAACCCCGGAUCACCCUCUCUUUCUGUUGCUGAAUUCCAAGGGCACAGUAGCUAGCACUGCAUCAUGUAUACAACUGCACAAGAAAGCAGAGAGGGUGGCAGCUGCACUGAUGGAGAAGGGACGACUGAAUGUUGGAGACCAUGUCGCUCUGGUUUAUCCUCCAGGAGUAGACCUAAUAGCAACUUUCUAUGGCUGUUUAUAUGCGGGCUGUAUACCCAUAACAGUUCGACCCCCUCACCCACAAAAUCUUGCUACUACUCUGCCCACUGUCAAGAUGAUUGUAGAGGUCAGUAAGUCUGCAUGUAUCCUUACAACACAAGGAAUAAUGAAACUGCUGAAGUCCAAGGAAGCUGCCACAGCUGUAGAUAUUAAAACAUGGCCCACCAUUUUGGAUACAGAUGAUAUACCUAAAAAGAAGGUGGCUAAUAUUUUUAGACCUCCAUCCCCGGAUAUGUUGGCCUAUUUGGACUUCAGUGUGUCUACAACUGGCAUAUUAGCAGGAGUAAAGAUGUCACAUGCAGCUACAAGUGCCUUAUGUCGCUCUGUAAAGCUACAGUGUGAACUGUACCCUUCACGACAGAUUGCCAUCUGCCUUGACCCUUAUUGUGGCCUCGGGUUUGCACUGUGGUGCCUCUGCAGUGUGUAUUCAGGACACCAGUCUAUUUUGGUCCCUCCUCUUGAACUGGAGAGCAAUGUGUCUUUGUGGCUGUCUGCUGUCAGUCAGUACAAAGUGCGGGUCACCUUCUGUUCUUACUCCGUCAUGGAGAUGUGCACCAAAGGCCUGGGAACACAGACUGAUGUUCUUCGGAUGAAGGGAGUUAACCUGUCCUGUGUACGAACAUGUAUGGUGGUGGCAGAGGAGAGACCAAGGAUUGCACUAACACAGUCCUUCUCUAAAUUAUUCAAAGACCUGGGCCUCUCUGCACGUUCAGUGAGCACCACAUUUGGCUGCAGGGUCAACGUAGCUAUUUGCUUGCAGGGGACUGCAGGACCAGAUCCAACAACAGUCUACGUAGACAUGAGAGCGCUUCGACACGACAGGGUACGUUUGGUGGAGCGGGGUUCUCCCCACAGCUUGCCGUUGAUGGAGUCUGGAAAGAUUCUGCCUGGCGUAAAGGUUAUUAUAGCUCACACUGAAACCAAGGGACCUCUCGGAGAUUCACAUUUGGGAGAGAUUUGGGUGAGUAGUCCACACAAUGCUACUGGUUAUUACACAGUCUACGGAGAAGAGGCACUGCACGCUGACCACUUUAGCGCUCGGCUGAGUUUUGGAGACACACAGACGGUAUGGGCACGGACUGGGUACCUGGGCUUCCUGCGCAGAACAGAACUUACUGAUGCCAGUGGAGAGAGGCAUGAUGCCCUGUAUGUGGUAGGCUCCUUGGAUGAAACACUGGAGCUGAGAGGAAUGAGGUAUCAUCCCAUUGAUAUUGAGACCUCUGUGAUCAGAGCGCACAAAAGUAUUGCCGAAUGCGCUGUGUUUACAUGGACCAACUUGCUGGUGGUGGUUGUGGAAUUAGAAGGCUCUGAGCAGGAAGCAUUGGACUUGGUGGCCCUGGUAACAAAUGUGGUUCUGGAAGAACAUUAUCUCAUAGUUGGUGUUGUUGUCAUUGUGGACCCGGGAGUUAUUCCCAUCAAUUCUCGUGGUGAAAAGCAGCGAAUGCACUUGAGAGAUGGAUUUUUAGCUGACCAAUUGGAUCCUAUUUAUGUCGCUUACAACAUGUGAAAAUACAAAACCACGCUGAUGCUGAAGCACCAAAAUCUAGGACAUUCUGAAUGGGAUCUACAUUAGUUCACUGCCGUGUUUUUAAGCUUUUGAACACCUUAGGAAAAAAGGAGGUGCCAGUCUUCAUGGAACAUCUCUCUCUCAGCAUUGGCUUUCAUCAAUCCAUUACAGCUCCUCCAUUGGACUGAGAAAUUACUGGAAUUCUUGAAGGAAAUUUGUUAAACUGUCAAGGAACAUUUUUUUUUAACAAUACUUAUGAAUGUAAGUAUCUUAAUGCACUGCAUAAUGGGACAUAAAAACGGGGGUGGGGAGAAAACACCAGCUGAAGACAACUCUUGGGAGCAGUGAGGAAGGUUGUGGCUAGCCAUCCUCCAGGUUUUCUUCCCCAUUCUGGUUGGAUGUGUGGUAACUACAUUGGCACAUAACUUUCACAAUUUUUCUUAUCUCCACCUUGUCCUCUACUGUAUUGCAUGGUUUUUGUACAUGUCUGAGGUUAAAAAUGCAGAGCCAUCUUUUAUUUUUAAUCAGUGACUUGACACAGUCAGAACGAACCAACUCACUCCAAUCCUGGAUUCUGCGUUUAAAACUAUACUAUUGUUCAGCCUUUUAGUACCAAGCAAAACUGAAUACUGCUUCUUUAACAAGGUUACUCAUGGUGCCAUUCUGGAUUCUGUAGGUUUAUAAACUCUAUUGUAGAAAGAUAAAUUAGUAUCUGGUUUUAAACUACUUGAUAUACAGGAGGCUUACUUGCUUUCUUGUUUUCAUAAUUUCAUAUUAGCUAAACAGUAACUUUGCUUGUUUUCAUAGUGCUAAGCUGUUAAUUACUGCCCUGCAUAAUGCCAACUUUUGACCAAUUCUUUUCAUUCCAAAGCCAAAAGAAUCAGAAUCAUUAGUGUAAAUGCCUGAAAGCAUGAUCUCCCAGUACAGUAUUCACCAAGUAUCUGAAUUAAAAUACUGAACUGGACUAAAAGUUCUGAGAUAAUGAUUUCUCACUGUGGAACACAUCUGAUAUUAGAGAGCUGGAUCUGCCAGGGUGUAAAUUUUCAUCUUUUUGUUGCACGUAGACAAACUUUGUGUUCAAACUAAAAUAUCCAGUUGAUUGAGUCCAGCUUGAUCAAUUAACCUCUUGACAUUUCCUCCAGAUCUACUAUUACAGUGAACCUAAUUCUGAAAGCGAAUGUAAACUCAUUCAGCUGCUUCCAAUGUCUGAAGAGAGGCACAACUUUAGCAAAUAAUUAUUUUUAUAUAGCUAAUAAAGACUAUGUGGCUAUGUGAUUUUUUAAAAUAAUGCAUGAGUUUGGUGAAACAGACAGGUUUUUCUGCAAAGCAAGGUGCCUGGAUCAGUGCCUAAGAAAUCUGGAUGUCAGUUCCCCAACAAGGACACCAAAUGACUCUUCUUGGUUAACAAUCUAGAACAUCUUCUCAAAAAAGGCUGUCACAUACAGUAGUUCUCUUUUCCCUCAUGGUGUUUGACUGUGGUGUAGUGUACAGAUAUAUACCUUGGAACUGUAAUUUGACUCUGUUGUAAUUAUGUACAGAAUUGUGUAACUUAUUGUUUGAAUUAAAAUGCGGCAGUCUUAGCAAUGGACUAAUGGACAUCCUUGUAGUAAAACAGCAGGCAAGAGGAAAGAGCUACUUAACCCCAAUUUUAAUGUUGUAGUUUUUUAGCAAAUAAAACAUUGUAAGAUUUUUGUAUUGAUAAAUUGGUGACAGUGAGAUAAGUUGCCUUGUAAAGUAAGAUUUAAAAAAGCACAUUAAACAUUUGAAAAUGA